ACAUCUGCUUUCUGAUUGUGAUUAUUUUGCUUCAAAUGCGGCAAAUUUAAAUUUUAAGCAUUAUUCUACAUUUGUGUCACUACUAUAAACAACUUUGAUGCGUCUGAAUAGUGUGUAAAUAUAUUUCUGUUUAACUAAGUCUCGUGCUGAGAUUUAAGUCAAAUCUGACUAAAAUGCCGCCCAAAUCUGCUAAAAAGGAAAAACCGAUCUGGUGGAAAUGUGAACAAUGCCAAUCCGUAGUGCUUACGGUGGAAUUAGCAAAGCAUCAGACGGACUGCUAUAAUUUGGAAAGCCUCAGUGGAUACAUAACUAAAUCGAACGAAUUUCAUAGCGCCCGACUGCAAUGUGGCAAAUUGACAGAAUUCGAAGAGCUCAAGGAUUUAUGUGAUGCCCAGCUGGAUGGUUUGAUCCUUAUGGGUAAUGCUGUUAUGGUCAGGUUGCAGUUGAAUUUGGGAGAUUUGGUAGAAGUUGAUCUGAAGAAUUCCAUCAAUAAAGAAGCUUGGACAAUCGUUAGAAAAGCCUGGCCAAUAGACGAGAAAAGUUCACGUGUUCUAUGCACUAAUCUAGAUGAAAUCGCUGUUUCAACCAAUAGCAGUUAUCAAUGUUGUAUCAGGCCACUUGUGAAAAGCAUUCAGUGCGCUGACACUUUGACAGUGAGCACAGAAUUGACCGAUGGAGAAGAAAUUCGUAAAAAUGAACAUACUUUUUCGGAAUUGAUAAAACGGCAACAUCAUGAUCGCAUACUCUCCCAUCAUAGUUCGUUAUGCCUUAGACUUUGCAACAAACUGUACAAAUUCAAGGUAGCUAAUGUUUUGAUAAGAGAAGAUCAAGAAUUGAUCAGCAAACUGGAGGCUUUGUCUUUGGGAGCAAGGUGCUUUAAAGUCGAUCGUGAUUCCAAAAUUCUAUUUAGUAAACUCGAAUUUCAUGAGCCAAAUGAAUUAGAAAGAACUGAAUUUACUCUCGACAACAUUGGUGGAUUAGGAGAAAUUAUCAAAGAGAUUAAGCAAAUUAUUGAUGUUGCUUUAGGCCACUCUAAAUCGCCAUUAUAUGCGCCUAUCAGUCGAGGAGUCUUGUUAUAUGGUGUUUCUGGCUCUGGAAAAACAAUGCUUGUUAAUGCUCUAGCGAAUCAUUUCAAAUGCCUUGUAAUUAAUAUCGAAUGUUCGGAGUUAUACAGCAAAUUCUACGGAGAAACUGAAAGCAAUAUCAAAAAGAUCUUUGAAAAAGCAUUUAUCAACUACCCUAAUCCAACCAUUGUGAUUAUCGAGGGAAUCCAUAAUAUAUGCCCUAAAGCAGAGUCAUCGGAUAUUAUCAAACGAAUUUCGCAUUCUUUUCUGAACCUACUCGAUAGUUUGCAUACUUCCUACAGAGGAACGAGAAUGAUUAUUCUUGGAACCACAGAUCAUCCUGAUAACCUCAAUCCAGCCGUUAGAAGAGGUGGCCGUAUAGAUUAUGAAUUUGAAUUACCUGUUCCCGAUUCUCAGGCUCGUGAAGAAAUAUUAUCGAAAAUUCUCUCGCUUCACAAACAUUGUCUGAAAGUUGAUGAUAUUAAAAAAAUAUCACUCGUAACACAUGGGUACGUUGGCGCUGACUUGGUGAGUUUGGUGGGACGAGCAAUGCAUGAAACUGAUUUUUUGAUCAACUAUGACCACAUAGAACGUGCUUUACAAUAUGUGAAAGCUAGCGCCAUGCGCGAAAUAUUAAUAGAAUGUCCCAACGUUCGAUGGACCGACAUUGGUGGUCAGCAUGAUUUGAAACUACAGUUGCGGCAGAUAAUCGAUUGGCCAAUCCAUCAUCCGGAUGUCUUUGAACGGCUUGGAAUCAUAGCACCCCGAGGGCUACUGAUGUUUGGUCCACCAGGUUGCUCUAAAACUAUGAUAGCAAAGGCAAUUGCAACCGAAAGCAAACUGAACUUUUUGUCCAUCAAGGGAUCGGAACUGUUUUCCAUGUGGGUUGGUGAAUCAGAACGAGCUGUACGAGAACUAUUUCGGAAAGCGAGACAAGUUGCUCCAUCAAUCAUAUUUUUCGACGAGAUAGACGCUAUUGGCGGUGAAAGGUCGGCCGAUUCUGGAAGUUCAGUUAAAGAAAGAGUUCUGGCUCAAAUUUUAACCGAAAUCGAUGGUGUAAGUGCUCUUAAGAACGUUAAAGUCAUUGCAGCUACAAACCGACCAGAUUUAAUUGAUAAGGCGCUAAUGCGUCCAGGAAGACUCGAUCGAAUAAUUUACGUUGGAUUGCCAGAUAGUCAGACCCGAAGAGAAAUAUUCAACAUAAAGUUUUCAAAGAUACCGAUCGCUACUGAUGUUCAUAUCAAUAUUUUGGUUCACAGCACUGAAGGAUAUUCUGGAUCAGAAAUAGAAGCGGUUUGUCAGGAAGCGGUAUUGAGAGCAUUGGAGGAAUCAUUCGAAGCCACAGAAAUAUUACAAACUCAUUUCGAGCAUGCACUACUGGUGGUUAAACCCCGUACCAGCCCAGAAUUAUUGCAACUAUAUGACGAAUAUUUGAAGCAACAGGGGAAGUAACGACAUGUGAGUUAGUUGCGAGCCAUCUGUGAAUAAAGAAUAAGCUACAACGAAUUGAAAUAUA